GGAGGCGGCGCCGAAGGGAGCCGAGCCCGAGCGGAAGGACCCGAGCGGAGCCCGAGCGAGGAGCGGACCAUGGCGGCGACAGGAGGCGGGGCCCAGUCUGGGGGCCUCAAGUGGUUCAAGCUAGACCGGGUCAGGUCCUCUAUCACCCCGGAGGGCGAGCUCCGCGCCUGGCAGUGGUGCCGGGAGUUCCUGGGCGGCGCCUGGCGCCGAGUGCGGCCGGAGCAGCUGCAUCUGAGCCGCGUAAGCGGGGGACUCAGUAACCUGCUCUUCCGAUGUUCCCUCCCGGAGGAAGUGCCCCUCGUCGGAGACGAGCCCCGGGAAGUGCUGCUGAGGGUCUAUGGGGCCAUUCUGCAGGGAGUGGACUCCCUAGUCCUGGAGAGCGUGAUGUUUGCCAUCCUGGCUGAGCGGCGUCUGGGACCUCAGCUUUAUGGGGUCUUCCCCGAAGGGAGGCUGGAGCAAUACGUUCCGAGCCGGCCGCUUCGGACAACCGAACUGAAGGACCCUCGGACGUCCGCCGAGAUCGCCGUCAAGAUGGCCCGAUUCCAUCUGAUGGAGAUGCCCUUCAACAAGGAACCCCGGUGGCUGUUUGGGACCAUGGAAAGAUACAUAAAGCAGAUCCGGGAGUUGACGGCUCCCAGGCCGACCAAAGAAAAUCUGCUCCAGACGUACCACCUGGAGGAAGAGAUGGGCAUGCUGCGGAAGCUUCUAGAUUCAACUUCCUCCCCGGUGGUGUUCUGUCACAACGACGUCCAAGAAGGGAACAUCCUGCUGCUUUCUGACAAGGAGCCUAGACUCAUGCUCAUUGAUUUUGAGUACAGCAGCUACAAUUACAGGGGUUUUGACAUUGGGAACCACUUCUGUGAGUGGAUUUAUGACUACAGCUAUGAGGACCCUCCCUACUUCCUGAUGGAACCUGGGAACUACCCCACCCGGGAGCAGCAGCUUCAUUUCAUCCGAAAUUACCUGUCAGAAAUCCAGGGGGACAAGACCCUUCCCCCAGAAGAGCAGACCAAAUUGGAAGAGAAGAUGCUGGUAGAAGCAAACAGGUUUGCUCUGGCAUCUCAUUUCUUCUGGGGCCUGUGGUCCAUCCUUCAGGAUAUCAUGUCUACCAUUGAGUUUGGUUACUUGGAAUAUGCACAAUCACGCUUCCAAGUGUACUUCAAUCAGAAGGCAAAGUUGGACCCUGGGGUGAUGCCUCCUAACAGCCCUCCACCUCCCUGAUCCACUCUUGUGAUGGACACCAGAGUCUAAGGGACAGGAUGGAGAUGGAGAGAUGGAGGAUUUGGAGGGAAUCAGAAGCCCGAGCUGGCCCGCGUGGUGAGAAUGGACCAAAAAGCAAAGGAUCAGCAGACCUCAGAGCAGCGGGGAAACCCCAGCCUCUCUUGGCACCUAGAUGGGAACCGUUCCUCCCCCGUCCAGUCCCCCCGCCCCCAGUUGUGAUCCCCAGGUGGGGAGACACCCAUAGGAACCUGCCCAGCCAGGCAGGCACUUCUCUGCCCUCUGUAUCUUCAGACCAAUAAAGACUAACUGCUGCUGGCUUUGCCCA